AUGAGAAAUUCGAUUUUCUUCACUGUACUGGCAUUGGUAGCAGUCGUCAGCGCUAGGAAUGUCCGUCAGAAGCGAGAAGCUGGUUGGGAACAUGGUGGUGGAGCUGAACAUCAUGGAGAACAUAAUGAACGAUACGGCGAUGUAGGUGAAAAGGGGUACAAGGGCUACCACGGCCAUGAAGAAGGCAAGAAGGGACAUUCCCUACAUGAAGGAUUUAAGGGCCACUUUGACGAAAGCGGUGGACACAAAAAGGGACAUCAUCACGACGACGGAUACUUUAAUGAGCACAGUUCAGGAGAAAAAGGUGAGAAGGUACAGAGUUUCGAGGAAAGCGGACACUUUGAAAAAGGGCACUCGAUUAAAGGCCAUCAUGGAAUUCACAAGUUAGAUGAAUUCAAAAAGGAUAAACAUUUCCAUGACAAGCAUGGCGAUUCUGGGUUCGAAGAAAGUUAUGGCGGUCAUCAUGAUGAAGGUGGCUAUAAAAAGGGUGGAGAAUUCCAUAAAGGUCAUAAGGAAGGUGAAUUUUAUGAAAACGACCAUGGUGAAAAGGGACAUUUCGAAAAGGGAGACCAUCACGACGACCAAAAGGGCUAUCAUGAUGAAGGGGCCAAUGACGAAUACUGGGCACAUGAUGAAGGCCACGGAAGUAAAGGUGGUCAUGAAGAACACAAAGACUGGGGCUUUAAAGGCUACUGA